AUUUCCAAACAAUGAAGUUGUGCGCUCUUGUUGGCAAAAUGCGCUAGGCGGUAUUUGUUUAUAAUGGAAAAGAGCAUUCUUGAGUUAUGCGUCUGUUACAAUCAUAAUAAUACUGAAUUAAAAUAUAUUACAUUUUGUGUGUCAAAGACUUACUGCUAUACCACUUUUUAAUAUGAAACAACGAAACGGUGCUUAUUAUGCUAACAACAAUACUUAACCAAAAUUGUAUGUUAUCGUGAAACAUUACCUACACAUGUGUUUUAUCUAUAUUUAUUUAUUGUUGAAAAUUUUUUUGUGUUUUAAAAAUGAGGUAUUAGUCAGCAACUUGUUAUGUUCGUCGUUUCUGAUAAAUUAAGUAUUGUUUCUGGGCGAGUGUGUUUCGCGCGUUUGUGGUAAUGAGUAAGCGAGUGUUGAUGGGAGACUUGUAAGUUCAGACCGCUGGGCACGGGCUUACUAUGAACGCCACGAUGAAUGCUACGAGCUUGUUUGUUUCCACGAGCCGCCUGGUGCUGCAAGCUGACGCGGAGGACCCGGCCACUUGGCUGGAUCUGUAUCGCCUGGUACCUUAUCUGCGGCAGUCUCUGUCCUGCACCGUGUGUGGCAACCUCUUAAUACAGCCUUACACACCUGUCGAGAGCAACUGCCAGCAUCACGUGUGUCGCUCCUGUAAGGGGGGGCGGAAGAAACUAAAGCCAACUUGCAGUUGGUGCAAGAACUACGAAAAAUACAUUGAAAAUAUCCAGUUGAGAAUUUUGUUACAGUGUUACAAAAAGUUGUGUGAAUAUGUCACGAGUACUGCAAUAUUUUCGAAACUCACGAUCGUCGGUAACAACGUGUCGAGUGGCACGACGAGCUUGAAAGACUUGAUACAAGAAGGUGCCGGGUUUAGAGACGUAUACAAAAGUCAAGCGGGGUUGUCCAAAUCCGCGUAUAGCAUAUUGCCGUGUAUUUAUACAAGUACAUCCACACAGACACAGACCGCGCUGGCAGCAUCCAGAGUUCAGUCUCUGGAGCAGCCUGUGAGCCAGAAUAACGGACUGUCGUCUCUGGAGCUACUGGAAGAUCAGUCGCUGCAUCCGGAGUCGUCUCUGUAUUCCGUCAUGUACCCGGGCGAUGGUAAUAAAAUAACCAUUAAGAGGAAAGCAACAGACUUUGACCAAGUCGGAGAUGGCAACAGCUGGAGUGGUGCUGAUUCCUUACCGCUGAGCAGCCUGAAGAAGCUCGGGGCCGGCCGGACGGGCGCCAGGAGCCGCGGCGGCGCCCGCACCAUCAACAAGCGCAAGGGCUGUCGCUGCGGCAACGCCACGCCCACGCCGGGCAAGCUGACCUGCUGCGGCCAGCGCUGCCCCUGCUACGUGGCCAGCAAGGCGUGCGUGGAGUGUCGCUGCCGCGGCUGCCGCAACCCGCACCGCCCCGGCGGGCACAAGGUGCGGCCGAUGCUGCAGGACCUGCAGUCCUUCGAGUUCCACCACUUCAACAGCUCGGACGGCACGGCGCUGUCCUUCGCCGACGCCAGCCUCGCCAGCCUGGACGACCACUGCCUCACCAUGGACUCCACCGAUCUCAACUCCGGCACGGUGGAGGUGCUGAGCGUGUACGCGGCGCAGCGCAACGGCCUGGACACGGACCUGCCCUCGGCGCUGCUCGUGGACGACACAGACAUGUCCGACAUCAGCGACAUCGACAUCGACGUGGACAUGUGAUGGCCCGUCCCUAGCGCUCCUGCUCACGACAGUGGACCGUGUAGUUCUAAAUGUUUUUUAAAACAUUUCGUCCCGUGUACAAAAAAAUGUGUUUUGAGCUGCAGAAUUUUGUAAA